GCCUGAAAUUGGCCCAAUCUCGAGGCUUGGCCCAAUGGUUUCAAUUGGUUUCGACGUUGACAGUUUACCCACCAAACCAAUAAAACAUGCUAUGAUUCAACAAUAUAUGUUUGUGAAUUUGAUAGAACGGAUUUGUUUAGGCUUGAAAGAUCUGUAAUAAGAAAGAUCAACCCCGAAUGGCAGUUGAUCUGCUAGUUUCCCAACUUCUCGUGGUUUCCUGCUUUCAAUAGGCAGCGAGGCCAGAUACCUCAAGGAUCAGGAUCUGGGAACCCGUCAAGAUCAUUCUUUUCUAACUCCAAGUGAAAAAUUGCCUGUUGCUGCCGAUCAAAGAGAAAUAGGAUGCCUACCACUAAUGAAUGUUCGAGUUCAACUUCAAUAAGCAAUCAACAGGAUGCUGAGAAUGAUAGGAUGAUUGCCGUCUUACUUUCUGAAGAGUGUGCUAAAUUUGAUAGUGCAAUUACUCAACGGCUUUCCAAGUUUGCACCUGUUCCUCACAUUCCACGGAUCAAUUCACACAUUCCCACCUUAAGCGACACAACUUUGGAUUACCAACGGCUCCUCCAGAGGCUAAAUGUCUAUGAUUUGUAUGAAGUAAAGGUGUCUGGGGAUGGAAAUUGUCAGUUCCGUGCACUAUCAGACCAGAUCUACAGAUCGCCUGACCAUCACAAGCAUGUGCGUAAGGAGGUUGUAAAACAGCUUAAAGAUAACCGUGCUUUAUAUGAAGGUUAUGUUCCAAUGAAGUACAAGCACUAUUACAAGAAAAUGGCAAAGUCAGGCGAAUGGGGAGACCAUGUCACAUUACAAGCAGCAGCCGACAAGUUUGCUGCAAAGAUUUGUCUUUUGACUUCAUUCAGAGAUACUUGUUUCAUUGAAAUUGUUCCACGAUAUCAGACACCUACACGAGAGCUAUGGUUAAGUUUUUGGUCUGAGGUGCAUUACAAUUCACUUUAUGAAAUGCAAGAUGCUCCCUUGCCGCACGAGCCAAGGAGGAAACAUUGGUUGUUUUAAAAGGAAAUAAUUGUUUCUUUUACACCAUUUAAUAUGCUUCCAGAAAAUAUUAAGUACCAAGUUCUGCAAACAUUUGAUGUCUAUGUUCUGGUUAAAAGUUAUAUUCUGGUUAGUCAUUUCUGCUAUUGAUGGAAAGACAGUAACAGACUGGUAACAUUUAUUACUCUUUCUUGUUUUAUCUUUCACGUCUAUGCGAGGAUGUAAAUGGUAUUUGUAGUGGUUCAGUCAUCGUCAACCUAUGAACAUGA